UCCGCGGACUGCGCUUUGGGCGGCUGCGUUCGGACACCAUGGCGGACGGCCGGGACCCAGCCAGCGACCAGAUGAAGCUGUGGAAGGAGCAGCGGUCCGCGCAGAAAGCCGAAGUCCUGACCACCGGAGCUGGCAACCCCGUGGGAGACAAGCUCAACUCCCUCACCGUGGGGCGGCGGGGGCCCAUGCUGGUCCAGGAUGUGGUGUUCACCGAUGAGAUGGCUCACUUUGACCGAGAGAGAAUCCCCGAGCGAGUCGUGCACGCUAAAGGAGCAGGGGCCUUUGGCUACUUUGAGGUCACACAUGACAUCACGAGAUAUUCCAAGGCAAAGGUGUUUGAGCAUAUUGGCAAGAGGACGCCCAUUGCAGUUCGCUUCUCGACUGUCGCCGGAGAAUCGGGCUCAGCUGACACCGUGCGAGACCCUCGGGGUUUUGCCGUGAAAUUCUAUACGGAAGAUGGUAACUGGGAUCUUGUUGGAAACAACACCCCCAUUUUCUUCAUCAGGGAUGCUUUAUUGUUCCCGUCCUUCAUCCACAGCCAGAAGAGAAACCCUCAGACGCACCUGAAGGACCCCGACAUGGUGUGGGACUUCUGGAGCCUGCGCCCCGAGUCUCUGCACCAGGUGUCCUUCCUGUUCAGCGACCGGGGGAUUCCCGACGGACAUCGGCACAUGAAUGGAUACGGCUCACACACUUUCAAACUGGUUAAUGCAAAUGGAGAGGCAGUUUACUGCAAAUUCCAUUAUAAGACUGACCAGGGCAUCAAAAACCUUUCUAUAGAAGACGCAGCGAGGAUUUCUCAGGAAGACCCUGACUACGGCCUCCGGGAUCUCUACAAUGCCAUUGCCACCGGCACCUACCCCUCCUGGACCUUUUACAUCCAGGUCAUGACCUUCAGUCAGGCAGAAGCUUUUCCGUUCAAUCCCUUCGAUCUCACCAAGAUUUGGCCUCACAAGGACUACCCUCUUAUUCCAGUCGGCAAAAUGGUCUUAAACCGGAACCCCGUCAACUACUUUGCCGAGGUUGAGCAGAUAGCCUUUGACCCGAGCAACAUGCCACCUGGCAUCGAGCCCAGCCCUGACAAGAUGCUGCAGGGCCGUCUCUUUGCCUAUCCCGACACUCACCGCCACCGCCUGGGCCCCAACUACCUGCAGCUACCUGUCAACUGCCCUUUCCGCGCUCGGGUGGCCAACUACCAGCGUGAUGGUCCCAUGUGCAUGUUGGACAACCAAGGCGGUGCCCCAAAUUACUACCCCAACAGCUUCAGCGCCCCCGAGCAGCAGCACUCGGCCCUGCAGCACACGGUGCGGUGUUCUGGGGACGUGGAGCGCUUCAACAGUGCCGACGAAGACAACGUCACUCAGGUGCGCGAGUUCUACACAAAGGUGCUGAGCGAGGAGCAGAGGAAGCGCCUGUGUGAGAACAUCGCCGGCCACCUGAAAGACGCGCAGCUCUUCAUCCAGAAGAAAGCGGUCAAGAACUUCAACGAUGUCCACCCUGACUAUGGGGCCCGCAUCCAGUCGCUCCUGGACAAAUACAAUGCUGAGAAGUCGAAGAACUCCAUCCAUACCUUUGUGCAGCACGGCUCUCACCUGGCCGCCAGGGAGAAGGCUAACCUGUGAGGCCCCGGCUGCGCCAGCUCGGGAUGGAGCUGCUCCUGGGCUUCCUGUGCCGCUGUCCAGACAAGGAUGAUGCCGUUUCUGUCGCAAAUACCUGCAGGAUGAUUUCUAAUCGCUUAAUAACUUGCAAUGGUUUCCCCUAGGUAAACGAAGAGUCACUGAGCAGUCAUUUAAAAGAAACUUAGAUUUCCUUUGGAUACUUAGGUUGGAUUAUUCUGUGGAAAUGACUAGAGAGAAUGUUUCUAACAAACAUGCUUUUGUUUGGUCAAUUAAAAAAAUCUUUGGAAAUUGAUGUUUACUUAUCACCUCAUGGCCUAUUAAAUCGUGGAUGUACAUAUAUCUAAAAUCAUGGCUGAUUGCACAGGAAGAAAAAGAAACGGUCCACCAGACAUUUUAAUUUUUAUAAAUUCAUUGUGUGAAAAGCACAUUCACCAGUAUCUUAAAAGAACUGGAGCGUGGUCACGGCUUCAUGUCUAUUCCACCUUGGUGUUUCUUUCUCUGGAAUUACAUCGAUUGUAUACAGUACUGAUUUUGUACUGAUUCACAACAGCCUGAUUGGCAAUUGCUUUCCGCUUCUUGUUAGUGUCCACCUGAGAGGAUAAACUCUCUGCCAACCCCCUAGCCUUCAAAUCCAUUCUGACCACAGUAACCCCGUGGGACAGAGUCGGGCUGCCCCCACAGGUUUCCAAGUUGGGAACUUUUGAUUCUUGAUGGAAUCGGGCCACCACAUCUCUUUGCCCACGGAGCAGCCUGUGGGCUUGAUCCGCCAACCCUCUGAGUGGCAGCUGAGCACUUAGCUCCGUGCCACCACGCCUCCUCCAUGAAGGAGUAAGGAGAGCCAGUUCCGAGUUGCGUCACCAUCACCACACUGGCAAAGCCUAUCCAUCACCAGGCCCUCUUCCCAUCAGCCCCCACGAACCUGCCUGCCUCUGGACUUGCCUUUCAUUUCAAUUAAAGUGUGAUCAUACAGCA